AUGUCUUUCCAGAAUAUCAAGUCCAUGCUAUGGGACUUGGUAGAUGAACAUCGCCAAUCCAUACCAGGCCCAAGGCACACACCACCUCGUCAUGGCUACCAUGGCCAUCGUGGAGAUACAGAAGCAAAUGCCCAAAGGCAAGCCCUCAGACAAACCGCCCUGGAGACCCUCAACGUUCUCCCAGGUCUUCUGAAUCGCCUCAACUCCGCCCAAGAGGCUCACAAAUCUAAAAAAUUAUCGUCCAACUCGCUCAGGGGCUUACAACCCAAUCGCUGCCCGCGGUUCCCAUUGCCCGCGACGAUCAAAGUCAUCAACGACGAUACCCUCAACGUUGCCGUCAGACUGUUUGAGUCAGCGCAAGCCCACCGUAUUGAUCCAAGCCCCCUAAACAACCGCCCAAUAAUCAUCAACUUUGCCAGCCACCGAAAGCCAGGUGGGGGCUGGCUAAACGGCGCGAUGGCACAAGAGGAAUCACUCUGCUACCGCAGCUCACUAGCGCUAAGCCUCAACAGCAGGGAUUACCCGCUCGCUCUCGACGAGUCGAUUUACAGCCCCUACGUGCUGGUCAUGCGGAGUGACCUUGCCUCCGGACACACCCUGCUAGCGUCUCCCUCUACCCCACCUGAAGAUCUUCCCGUUGUCAGUGGGAUCACAAUUGCCGCUCUCUAUAGACCUGCAAUUCGCACACUGGCGAUGAAGGAUUCUCAGUCACAGCGACGUGGCCACAGCCCACGCUCACACCACAGUGCCCCUUCACCCUCACCCUCCCGUCGGCGCACCCAACAAGUCUUCGCGCGUGACAAGGACCGGAAACUAACCAAAUCCAAAAUGAGGCAAACACUCCGUAUUGCGGGAACCAAUGGACAUGGUAUGCUAGUCCUCGGGGCUUUGGGUUGUGGUGUCUAUGCGAAUCCCCCGGCCGAGGUUGCGCAGUGCUGGCUUGAAGUUCUGAGAGAGGCUGAGUUCCACGGGAACUGGUGGCGUGAGGUGUGCUUUGCUGUCUACGAUCCGAAGAACGAAGGCAAUUUCGCGACCUUUGAGCGGGUGUUGGCUGGGAAGAAGGUUUAG